CCGAAGACUGCUGGUUGCUGCUGCGGAUACAAGGACAGCAGGGCUGGGGAGAGUCUGCUCUGAGUGCGCAGUGGAUGCUGAGGGGAGAACAACACCGUUUGUUAUCGUUAUGGGUAGCUUAUUGAGAUGCAGUCACACCACUUGUAUGGAUUCAUGCAUUCUCAUCAAUUCAACCUGUGAUAGUCUUAUGAGGCCAAUUAGAAGCGUUUACUGUUUUGCAGCAUCUCUAGCGUAGACAAAUUGUUGCACCGAAUGCAACGUUUUCUCAGCUCAGCUGCGUCGGCCCUCAUCUUUCGGUGCAGAAUUCUAAUCACCCUCAAUCAUCAGUAAUUCUGCAGGGAAAGCAUCAUGCUGACAAGUAUCACUGAAGGAAUACUCUGUUGCCUGACUGGGAAGGUUACCAGUCUAGUCUUGCCCCUGGAGUCAACAGAACCCUCUGAUGGUUUUGAGUUUGUGGAGGUGAAACCUGGUAGAGUCCUGCGAGUACGGCACAUCAUCCCUGAGCGGCAGCCAGUAGUAACCGAAGAGCAAGUUGCAGGCAAGGAGAAGAAGGAUGGCUAUGAUGAUGAUGAUGACAGCUCUCCUGAGGAUUAUAACGAGAGCAAUACCGGCAGCAGCGUCCACUGCAAGAGGAAGAUCACAGUCUACCGCAACGGCCAGCUGGUGAUUGAGAAUCUCGGUGAUGUUUUGCACUCUGAGAUACUGCAGUGUCAGGAUGGGGAUCUGGAGCCUUGCAGCACUGUAGAGGUGGAGCUGGCUGACUACAAAGAAAUGCCCUCUUCUCCAGACCCCAACCCUGUUCCUCCUUCAGUACCUUCCCCACUCGGGGAACAGAAACCAGCUCCGCCUCCUCGCCGCCGCCGUCGCAAGCCCAAGCGCACCGUGCAAAUCGACUCAAAGAGGGUGAUCUCGAGCUGCAAAGGGACGCACUCGGAUGUAGCGCUGUUUUUCGUGCACGGUGUGGGAGGUUCUCUGGACAUUUGGAGCAGCCAGCUGGACUUCUUCUCUCGGCUGGGCUAUGAGGUCAUCGCACCUGACCUGGCCGGGCAUGGAGCCAGCACCGCCCCGCAGAUUGCAGCAGCUUAUACUUUUUAUGCUCUUGCAGAGGACCUUCGAGCCAUCUUCAAGAGAUAUGCUCGUAAACGCAACAUUCUCAUUGGCCACUCAUAUGGAGUUUCAUUUUGCACCUUCCUGGCACACGAAUAUCCUGAUCUGGUACAUAAGGUGGUGAUGAUCAAUGGGGGUCCCACAGCUCUGGAGCCCAGCCUGUGUUCCAUCUUCCAGCUGCCGUCGUGUGUCCUUCACUGUCUGUCACCUUGUCUGGCCUGGAGCUUCCUCAAGGCUGGAUUUGCCCGACAGGGUGCCAAAGAGAAGCAGCUGUUGAAGCAGGGCAAUGCCUUCAAUGUGUCUCCGUUUGUCCUGCGAGCCAUGAUGAGUGGCCAGUACUGGCCUGAGGGCGAUGAGGUCUACCAUGCCGAGCUCACUGUGCCUAUCCUCCUGGUUCAUGGCAUGUGUGACAAGUUUGUGCCCAUGGAUGAGGACCAACGCAUGGCAGAGAUCCUUUUGUUUGCAUUCCUUAAAGUCAUUGAGGAGGGAAGUCACAUGGUCAUGAUGGAGUGUCCCGACACCGUCAACACCCUCCUCCACGAGUUCUUUCUAUGGGAGCCUGACAUGUCCAGAAAAGACAGCAUCAAGACAGACACAGCUCUCAGUGACACUCUCCACACGCUGAAAAUCAAUAAGCCUAUGGACAAAUAACCAACGAAGAGUCUAGUUUUAUUACACGACAAAGCAGAAGGCCUUUUGAGGCUUGUGUUUUUAAGGCUGCUACAAGGCUGAGAGCUGUUAUACACAGGGCCACAUCUUAAGGAUGCAGAUGGCCACUGGUGCUCCAAGAUAAAGCAGGACUUAGGCAUAGUGCCGACCAGAGAAUGGUGGAACGGACAUAAAGUGAGAGGAAUGGAUGCAAAUACACAGUCAGUUUCCGCUUCGCUUUUUGAUACCAGUUUGUGCUCCAUCAUGUCAUGUUUGCAAAAUUACACAAAACCUGGAGGACUAUGUCCAUUAGUGAUGUGUGUAUGAAAUGUAUCUGGCGAAGAACUGACUACUGCAAGAUGCAAAAAACAUAAAAUCCAUGAAAUGGUGUGUGAAUUCCCUCACUUUAAAUAUUCUGUAAAGUAGUGAAGAGCUUCUGUUCAACCUUUACAAAAUGUUUAUUAACUUAGUGUUGGGCCCAUAAUACAUCUGCAUUCAGUGGGAAACUUGCUGAAUGAUGUUUCGUGAAUUGAGGAAUUACAGAUCUGAUUGCUGAUUUGCCAGUAUAGUGAAGGACAGCUUAUGGUAAAACUAAAGUGUUGAUAAUAAUAGUUUAUUAUCAAUUACUGACUGGAUAACAGUUGGACAUGGGUUAAAGACAUUGAAUAUAUACCGAUAAACAUGCUAAAUGUAAUUACUAAUUGCACCACAUGCAUAUAAAAAAUCUGUCAUAAAGCGAAAAUAUAUAUAUAUUUGUUCUCCUGCAUUCCAGCCAUCCGUUAAACACAUUCAUACAAUGAAGUGUACACCAUUUCAAACAUGAAGACUCACAAUCACAGCUAUUGUCAAUAAAUAGCUGUGGCUCUUCUCAUUCAAAAUUACAGCAAUAUAUUAUCCGUAUAUAUUGAACUCUUAUAUAAAAUCUAAAUCCGAAAAGCUAUGUGUGUCUAUGUUAAGCACAAAGUUACCAAUUUAUCGAUUCACAGUUGCAUGAAAAUUAAAUAAUAUUUAAUGAGAGAUUUGUGUAAACUGGUUGCAAAAACAGAUGUAAACAAAUAUGGAUGCCAAAAGGUUCUCCUCCUUUAUUCUAGCAGCCAAUUUCUGCAAAAGUAUAUAAUAUCCUAAGGAUACAAGUACUGAGGCCCUGCAUGAGUUCUGAAUAUUAAAAGGUGAAAGGGUUGUUUCAGACAGUUGCAAUAUAUUCUUAUAUUGAAAAAUUCCCUGUGCACUUCUCUCUAAUCAAAUGAGUGUUCCUUUUAAUGUGUAAGUAUUAUUUUGCCUUUAUAUUGAAAUAACAGCAACUGCCAUAAUAAACUGUGGAUGUAUUGGCUGCUUUAAGCUGCUGAGUGUGUUCCCGUACUACUCUUCAGUCCAUCCUAUUUAUCUAAUGGUAUCAGACAGAAAGAAUGAGCUAAACAUUAUGCUCACUGAAAGACAUUCAUUGAUGGGUGCUGCUUUGUCUCAUAGUGGGACAGUUAGUUGCGAGUAAAAGCACAGUCUGACAUAGUGUAUCUAUUGACUGGAUAGUUUAUACUGUUUUGAAAAGCAGAAGAUGUAAAUUGGUGGAUUUGAAACUGGGAUGUCCAAAGAUUAUGACUCAGCCAAACAAAAAAGUCCCCUUAAAAGAGGGACAUUUGUGCUGACCAUGCUGGUCUGGUAUAUAUGCAUUUUGACAGGAUGCUGAUGCAACAUUACUGGUCUUAUGCAACUGGAACAAAAUAGAAAGAAGUAGAAUGGAAAUAAACUGACUUGGCACUGACAUCUCAAACACAUUAUAUAUUCUCUGUGGACUUUCCAAAAACCAACAACUGCUGCUGAUGCAAUGUACUGUAGGUCUCUUUUGAUGUAAAAGGUCAGUAAAACUGUAUGGACAACAGGGUGCACAUGUACUUCCUCUUAUGCUAAAAGUGUGCAUUUACAAAUUGUCAGUGCUCAUAUGUGCUAUAUCUUUUUGUGGUUAUCAAUGUGUUAAUGUUAUUGUUGCAUUUAUUCAUGGAAUCAUAAAAUAUGCACUGCCUGAAUGUAGAUGCAUAUAACAUUAUAUAGCCUAUCAAAAAAGUUGGAUUCAGUGUAUGAAUGUGCCUUUCCUGGCAUUAAAU